GCCGCGGGGCCGGAGGGGGCGCCGGGCGCCAGGGCGCCGCUCGCAGUCGUCUGCCUGGUGAAUCUCUUUUUUACUGGGAGGCUCAGCAGUGCAGUCCCUGCCUUAGCCGCCUGCAGUGGGAAGCUGGAACAGCACACUGAACGGCGAGGGGUCAUCUACAGCCCAGCCUGGCCCCUCAACUACCCACCGGGCACCAACUGCAGCUGGUACAUUCAGGGUGACCGUGGUGAUAUGAUCACCAUCAGUUUCCGCAACUUUGAUGUGGAGGAAUCUCACCAAUGCUCCCUGGACUGGCUGCUGCUGGGCCCGGCAGCUCCACCUCGCCAGGAGGCCUUUCGCCUCUGUGGCUCAGCCAUCCCGCCCGCCUUCAUCUCUGCCCGUGACCAUGUCUGGAUCUUCUUCCACUCAGACGCCUCCAGCUCCGGCCAGGCCCAGGGCUUCCGCCUCUCCUAUAUCCGAGGGAAACUGGGCCAGACAUCCUGCCAGACAGACGAGUUCCGCUGUGACAAUGGCAAGUGCCUGCCUGGGCCUUGGCAGUGCAACAUGGUGGAUGAGUGUGGAGAUGGCUCGGACGAGGGUAACUGCUCGGCGCCUGCCUCAGAGCCACCAGGCAGCUUGUGCCCCGGGGGGACCUUCCCAUGCAGCGGAGCCCGCUCCACACGCUGCCUUCCAGUGGAGAGGCGCUGUGACGGCACACAGGACUGUGGCGAUGGCUCUGAUGAGGCUGGCUGCCCCGACCUAGCAUGUGGCCGGCGGCUGGGCAGCUUUUAUGGUUCCUUCGCCUCCCCAGACCUGUUUGGUGCUGCCCGUGGGCCUUCGGACCUUCACUGCACGUGGCUGGUGGACACCCAGGACCCUCGGCGCGUGCUGCUGCAGCUGGAGCUACGGCUGGGCUACGAUGACUACGUCCAAGUGUAUGAAGGCCUGGGCGAGCGUGGCGAUCGUCUACUGCAAACGUUGUCCUACCGCAGCAACCACCGGCCCGUGAGCCUCGAGGCGGCACAGGGCCGCCUCACGGUGGCCUACCAUGCUCGUGCCCGCAGUGCUGGUCAUGGCUUUAAUGCCACAUACCAGGUGAAGGGCUACUGCCUUCCGUGGGAGCAGCCAUGUGGGGGCAGCAGCGAGGGAGAUGACAGCAGCACCGGGGAGCAGGGCUGCUUCUCAGAGCCACAGCGCUGCGAUGGCUGGUGGCACUGUGCCAGUGGCCGGGAUGAACAGGGCUGCCCUGCAUGCCCUCCGGACCAGUAUCCCUGCGAGGGUGGCAGCGGCCUGUGCUAUGCGCCCGCUGAUCGUUGCAACAACCAGAAAAGCUGCCCCGAUGGCGCCGAUGAGAAGAACUGCUUUUCCUGCCAGCCGGGCACCUUCCACUGUGGUACCAAUCUGUGUAUCUUUGAGACGUGGCGCUGUGAUGGCCAGGAGGACUGCCAAGAUGGCAGCGAUGAGCAUGGCUGCCUCGCCGCUGUGCCCCGCAAGGUCAUCACCGCUGCUCUCAUUGGCAGCCUGGUGUGUGGACUGCUGCUUGUCAUCGCCCUAGGCUGUGCCUUCAAACUCUACUCCCUGCGCACGCAGGAGUACAGGGCCUUUGAGACCCAAAUGACACGGUUAGAGGCAGAGUUUGUGCGGCGGGAGGCCCCCCCAUCCUACGGCCAGCUCAUCGCGCAGGGCCUCAUCCCACCCGUCGAGGAUUUUCCUGUCUACAGUGCAUCCCAGGCUUCAGUGCUACAGAACCUUCGCACAGCCAUGCGUCGACAGAUGCGCCGGCAUGCCUCCCGCAGGGGGCCAUCCCGCCGCAGGCUCGGCCGCCUCUGGAACAGGCUCUUCCAUCGCCCACGGGCACCUCGAGGCCAGAUCCCACUGCUGACGGCUGCGCGAACCUCACAGACCGUGCUGGGUGAUGGGCUCCUCCAGGCGGCACCAGGGACUGCCCCAGAUCCCCCAGCGCCCCAUACAGACACAGGCAGCACCAGGGAAGCUGGAGGUGGGCCUCCCAGUGGCCCUGGCCAUGUACCAGAAGUGGGGCCUUCAGUGCCACCCCCACCCUUGAACCCGCGAGACCCAGAGUACAGGCCAGAGGACAAGGAGAGAAAAGCCUGUGAGGACCCUCCGGAAGACAGCCCAGCCCCUGUGGACACGCCUCCAGAGCCCUGCUUGGCCCAAGACCCCUACCCCCAGACUCCCACUGCCAGCAGCACCCAAGAUCCCCACUCGCCAGAGUCAUCGGGGGUCUGCAGGAGCCCCCCGCCAACCUGCUCCCCAAUAUUGGAGGCUAGUGACGACGAGGCCCUGCUGGUCUGCUGACCCAUUGGACAUGC